GGUGAAUGAGUUGGCUGGUGAUGUGGAGGGCGCGGGUUGUGGUGGUGUGGUGGUGUGGUGGAGCUGGGUGGUCUGAGUGUGGUGAGAGGCAGGCGUGGUGGGGAGAGGAGAGGUGUUGAAGGGAAGAGGAUGCCAGGACGCGGGAGAGGCGUGGUGAGGGAUCGCUGAUGAGGUGAGGAGAGGUGAGGGUGAUGGCAGUGAGGGGCGUGGCGAGCGAGGCAGGGGCGUGUCCCGGGGUGGGAGUGGGGGCGGAGUCAGGCCACAGCCUCGGCAGUGCGGCGCGGCCAGCGUCCGGCCCGCGUCAGUCCGCCAGCCGCCUCUCAGUGCCGUCACAGCCGCCGUCUGAGUAGCGUGUCCGCACCGCUGCUCCUUCACCUCGCCCUCACACGUCGCUGAGGCGAGACGUGCACAACCUUCGCUGCUGGCUGACCACCGCUGCUCCUCGCCGCUCACUCCCACCUUCCGCGUGUGUGCGUGUGUGUGUUAGUGUGCUCGCGUGAGGCCGUGCAGCGAGGCCAACCCUCUUGGGCGGCACAGUGAACAGUUAGACGGACGUGUGAAGUGGUGGCACUCAGGCGUAACUCUGCCCCGAGGCACUGCCCUGCACGGGGCCAAGCAGUGCACGAGUGUAGCACGGCAGCCCCGCGCGCAUUGCCGUGCAGGAGGCGUGACCACACUCUGCGUCUUCCCCGCGCCAUGGACGGGGCGCCUGACGGAGAAGUGGUGAUGGUGGCGGUGGGCGCGGAGGGCGUGGCAUCGUGGGCGGCGGGCGUGGCUGUGGUGCUAGUCCUCGGUGUUAUUUUCGUCAUCUCCUCUGUCCUCAACACCGUUUUUCUCAUCAUCUUCUUCCGCCGCCCCUCCCUUCGCAGCGUCUCCAACAGGUUCAUUGUCAGCCUGACGGCGUGCAACCUGCUGGGGUCGUGGGUGCUGCUGCCGCUGGUGGCGGGCGACACCUUCCUGGCGGGGUGGGAGUCGCCGGUGCUGUGCCGCGGCCUGGACGCUGCGGCGGAGCUGGUGGUGGCGGCGUCGGUGUUCGCCACGCUGCUCAUUGCUGUGGACCGCUUCUUCGCCAUCACCGACCCGCUGCACUACCACAUGCUGGUGACGCGCGCCAAGAGUGUCGUCAUGGUGGCCUCGGGCUGGGCGCUGGCCGCCGCCCUUGCCGCCACCGCCGCCCUGGGAGACCUGUCUGACAGACCCUGGCAGGUGUGUGGAACGCCCGCAGCGCGGCCUAGCGACCCCUGGAACUACCGCUCCUACUUCGUGGUUGUCAACCUGGUGCUGUGCUUCGCGGUGCCCGUCGUGCUGCUCAUCUGGAUCUACACGCGCAUCUACCUGGCGGCACAGCAGAACAGCGAGAGGACGCGCCGCAACUCCCUGUGUGGCUCCACGCUGGACGCCGUGACGCCCUCCCGCGGCCCCUCCAGGACGCCGUCGACACGCUCCACAUCGUCACAGAUCGUGUCGUCGCUGCGGCACCGCAUCAGCAACGCGUCGCUGUUUCUGCACAAGGAGGAGUCCCGCGCCGCCAAGAUCUCCGUGGUGGUGAUCGUGCUGGUGUUCGUGUGCUGGCUGCCUUUCCACGCCGCGGCGCUGCUGCACACCUCCCUGCUGCAGGUGUGGCUGCCGCGCCCCGCCUGGAGCGUGGUGAUGAUGCUGGCGCUGAGCAAUGCCGCCGUGUCGCCUUACGUGUACUUGUACCGCUCACGGAGGAUACAGCGGGAGGUGCGGCGCCUGCUGGGGCUGCCCCUCAGCGCCACCAAGAUCCAGACGGGCUCUGGUCACCGCCGCCCGCUGCCACGCCUGCAUCUGCAGAUGAUCCCGCCCUCGCCCACAGUGCUGGACGCCAACUUCGACUGCUCGCUGGCGCCGCCGCUGGCCAGGCAGGGCUUUACUCACCCCUCGCCCUUCACGGCGCUCAUCACCAAGCUUUUUCGUGCGAAGGGCUUCCCGGGGGAGCCGUGGCGGGACUCCCUUGGCUCCACCAUUUCGUCGUCCACGAUCACGUCUGCCAGCUCGAGCAGCUCGGGCGGGUCAGGGCAGAGCGAGGCCUCCACCACUGAGAGUGAGAGCAUGCUACCGCGCCUGGCUGUGCCAGAGGCUGGCUCGUGACGCAGCGGCAGCAGCCACUGGCGGUGCUAACCCUCUCCUCGCACUUACACCUGCUGCUUCCGCCCUGCCGGGGACCAGCCCCGGAGGGCCUGGGAGCCCCGCCACCCCAGGGACGCCCAUGCCCAUGGUUAAUCCACCGCCACCCACACUGGGGCUACUCUUACAUAACCACAAGGCCCCUCCCAGCCCACCGCCACCCACUAACCCACCAGGGUCAUGUGCACCCACUCAGGAGUCCCCCACAGACCCCCCACAGCCCCCCACGCCCCCAGCAUGCUCUUUACCACCCACCCAGGAAGCCGAGCCCUCCACCCCAGACACCCCCUCGCCCACCUCAGGGUCCCCAACACCCGCGCUGAACUAAGGCAGCCGACAGUCCCCUCAAGGAGUUCCUUCACGCACCUCGACCCGCACCUCCACUUCCCGUGACGCGCCCUUUGACGCGAGACAGCCCUGCGUGGCUCUAAGGUCACGCCGGGUCAGUGUGCCGGGCUGGGGGCGUGGCGAGCGGAGAUGACUUGCAAGAGUGAUGAGUGAGUGAGUGGAGUCAGUGAGUAUGAGUGCGAGUGUUCCUCAGGGCGAGAGUUGAAUGAAGAAACACACGAGGAGCUGUGCUUUCUGACCUGCAAUACUCGAUACAUGAUGGUAUUGGCCUGUCACUAUUACCAUUACUCUUAUUAUUAUUAUCAUUAUCAUUAUUAUUACUAUUAUUAUUAUUAUUAUUGUUAUUGUUAUUAUUGUUACUAGGAGAACACAACGCACCCUAACCAUACCUAACUUGAAUCUCUAGCCACAACCACCACCACCAUCACCACUAGGACACCCCGUGAAAUCUUAUCGUUCACUCGACACACUGCUGCUCUCUGGUGGUGCUUUCCAAUACUCACGGGCGCCUGCACAUAUAUAGCAACUUUUCCUUUCUAAAGCCCCGGGCACAAUCCCACGUGUGUGUGUGUGUGUGUGUGUGUGUGUGUGUGUGACUCCGGCAGCAAGCGAUGUGCAUGUUGCCUCCUGAUCUCCGUGUAGAUAAGAUAUAAAAAUGUUCUCUAUUUGUUUAAUAAAAUGAUAAAUAUAUAAAUAAAUAAACUGUGUAUAAAAAAAAUAAAUAAAUAAGAAAAAUAAAAAAUAAAGAGC